UAUGAAAAAUGAUAUAUCAAUUGAUUUGCUCUUACAAAAAUUUUCCCACAUACUUGCAAAAAAAGCUGAAGAAUGCCAACUUUUUGUGAUGGUUACUUUAGCUCGUCUAGUUCGUCUAACGUUAGCAGAAUUAGCAAGAUCGGCAGACCAGAGUCAAUUG